AUGCGCCUUCGAGUCGCGCUUCCCAGCCUACCGAAUCUCCGCAUUCGAGUCCCCACCAUGGCUGACGUCAUAAGGGGACUCAACAGACCGCACGGCACGCAGCAGCACGCGGCGGCACUUGCGCCGCGCCGCGCGGCUCCGUCGGCCGCCCCCGCGCGGACCGCUCAGGCGCUGCCAUUUCCGACUGGCCUCGCCUCGCCUCUCCUCGCUCGAGCCGCUCUCCCGUUAGCGUCGCGACUCUGCUUCGCUGCUGCCCCCGCCGUCAUCACCCCCGCCGGCUGCUUUCCCCGCUGCUCAUCCGCCCCUCACGCGCGCACAGGCUUUACCCGCGACCCUUCGUUUCCCGCGGAGUGGUCCAGACGGGGCACACCUGCUUUGCUCUCCGCGUUCCGCCCGCGCGGAGCAUGCCGCGCGCAGGCGCACGAUAGCGCGGCUUCUGUGUCGACUCCAGAAAGUUCCGCGGCAGCUCCCGCGGGGGAAGGCUCCGCGGAGCGCAGGGAUGGCGGAGCGGCGGAAGCGGCGGACGCCGCGGGGAGCGCGCAAGGGGAGCCGUUUUUGGUGCUCAACUUCUACCACUUUGCUGACGUGGAGGAUGCCCAUGGUGACGUGGAGCGGCACCAUGCGUUCCUACAGGAGCGGGACAUCCGAGGGCGGAUAUACAUCAGCCACCAGGGCAUCAACGCGCAGCUCAGCGGCCCAGCCUCACAUGUGAUGGACUAUGCACACUGGGUGCGCAGCGACCCGCGCUUUGCGGGUGUGCCGCUGCAGCUGUCGCCCUCCCCCAUCGGCCACGCCUUCCCGCGCCUCCGCCUGCGCUACAAGCCCGCCCUCGUGCAGGUCGCGGGAGGUAUGGAGCAGCUGUAUGCUCAUCUAUGUGCUGCCACGCCCCUGUCUCCUGCUGAGUGGCGCAGCAAGAUCGACCAGAUGCAGCGGGGGGAGGAGGGGGAGGGAGAGAGGGAGGGGGAGGGGGAAAGUGGGCCAAGGGGGUGGGGCGAGGGGCGUGGGGAGGAGGCAGUAGCGCGCACCAAGAAGAUUCUGCUGCUGGACGUGCGCAAUGGUGGGUGCCGCGUGCAAUGGUGGGUGGUUGCUGGCUACGAGUGGGACGUGGGCCAUUUGGCCGAGGUUGUGCCCCCCCCGCUUGACAACUUCACACACUGCAGACCUUCCUCAUCUCUCCUUCUCUCGCUCGCUCUCCCCUUCCCUCUCCCCCUCUCCCCCGCUUCUCCCACCAGGCUACGAGUGGGACGCUACGAGUGGGACGUGGGCCAUUUUGCCGGGGCUGUGCGCCCUCCGGUUGACAACUUCCGAUCCACUGAGUUCGGCCUGCAGGAGGAACACACUGAAGCCACCACCACAGAAGAGCAGCAGCAGGAGGAAGAGGAGGCAGAGGGGCAGGGGGCAUACGAUCCGUUAUCAGAAGCAGACAAGGAGGAGACAGAAGUGCUCAUGUAUUGCACGGGGGGCAUCCGCUGUGAUGUGUACUCCGCACUGCAUGUGUGUUCUUCCCCCACAGGCCGACUCAACAACCCCUCUCCUGCCUGCCAACCCUCUCCCACUCGUUUCCAGGAACACACUGAAGCCACCACAGCAGAGCAGCAGCAGCAGCAGCUUCAGCAGCAACAACAGCAGGAGGAAGAGGAGGCAGGGAGGCAGGAGGGGGCAUACGAUCCGUUAUCAGAAGCAGACAAGGAGGAGACAGAAGUGCUCAUGUAUUGCACGGGGGGCAUUCGCUGUGAUGUGUACUCCGCACUGCAUGUGUGUUCUUCCCCCACAGGCCGACUCUACAACCCCUCUCCUGCCUGCCAACCCUCUCCCACUCGUUUCCAGGAACACACUGAAGACACCACAGCAGAGCAGCAGCAGCAGCAGCUUCAGCAGCAACAACAGCAGGAGGAAGAGGAGGCAGGGAGGCAGGAGGGGGCAUACGACCCACUAUCAGAAGCAGACAAGGAGGAGACAGAAGUGCUCAUGUAUUGCACGGGGGGCAUCCGCUGUGAUGUGUACUCCGCACUGCAUGUGUGUUCUUCCCCCACAGGCCGACUCAACAACCCCUCUCCUGCCUGCCAACCCUCUCCCACUCGUUUCCAGGAACACACUGAAGCCACCACAGCAGAGCAGCAGCAGCAGCAGCUUCAGCAGCAACAACAGCAGGAGGAAGAGGAGGCAGGGAGGCAGGAGGGGGCAUACGAUCCGUUAUCAGAAGCAGACAAGGAGGAGACAGAAGUGCUCAUGUAUUGCACGGGGGGCAUUCGCUGUGAUGUGUACUCCGCACUGCAUGUGUGUUCUUCCCCCACAGGCCGACUCUACAACCCCUCUCCUGCCUGCCAACCCUCUCCCACUCGUUUCCAGGAACACACUGAAGACACCACAGCAGAGCAGCAGCAGCAGCAGCUUCAGCAGCAACAACAGCAGGAGGAAGAGGAGGCAGGGAGGCAGGAGGGGGCAUACGACCCACUAUCAGAAGCAGACAAGGAGGAGACAGAAGUGCUCAUGUAUUGCACGGGGGGCAUCCGCUGUGAUGUGUACUCCGCACUGCAUGUGUGUUCUUCCCCCACAGGCCGACUCAACAACCCCUCUCCUGCCUGCCAACCCUCUCCCACUCGUUUCCAGGAACACACUGAAGCCACCACAGCAGAGCAGCAGCAGCAGCAGCUUCAGCAGCAACAACAGCAGGAGGAAGAGGAGGCAGGGAGGCAGGAGGGGGCAUACGACCCACUAUCAGAAGCAGACAAGGAGGAGACAGAAGUCCUCAUGUAUUGCACGGGGGGCAUUCGCUGUGAUGUGUACUCCGCACUGCAUGUGUGUUCUUCCCCCACAGGCCGACUCAACAACCCCUCUCCUGCCUGCCAACCCUCUCCCACUCGUUUCCAGGAACACACUGAAGCCACCACAGCAGAGCAGCAGCAGCAGCAGCUUCAGCAGCAACAACAGCAGGAGGAAGAGGAGGCAGGGAGGCAGGAGGGGGCAUACGACCCACUAUCAGAAGCAGACAAGGAGGAGACAGAAGUCCUCAUGUAUUGCACGGGGGGCAUUCGCUGUGAUGUGUACUCCGCACUGCAUGUGUGUUCUUCCCCCACAGGCCGACUCAACAACCCCUCUCCUGCCUGCCAACCCUCUCCCACUCGUUUCCAGGAACACACUGAAGCCACCACAGCAGAGCAGCAGCAGCAGCAGCUUCAGCAGCAACAACAGCAGGAGGAAGAGGAGGCAGGGAGGCAGGAGGGGGCAUACGACCCACUAUCAGAAGCAGACAAGGAGGAGACAGAAGUCCUCAUGUAUUGCACGGGGGGCAUUCGCUGUGAUGUGUACUCCGCACUGCAUGUGUGUUCUUCCCCCACAGGCCGACUCAACAACCCCUCUCCUGCCUGCCAACCCUCUCCCACUCGUUUCCAGGAACACACUGAAGACACCACAGCAGAGCAGCAGCAGCAGCAGCUUCAGCAGCAACAACACGAGGAGGGGGCAUACGACCCACUAUCAGAAGCAGACAAGGAGGAGACAGAAGUCCUCAUGUAUUGCACGGGGGGCAUUCGCUGUGAUGUGUACUCCGCGCUGCUCCGACAGCAGGGCUUUAAGCGCCUCUACACGCUCGAGGGCGGCGUCGCCCGGUACAUGCGCGAGCAGGGCGGCGAGCACUGGAACGGGCGGCUUUUUGUGUUUGACUCGCGGCUGGCUGUGCCGCCCAGGGAUUAUCAGGUCGGCGGGAAGGUGCUGCGGGCGGCGGAGGAGGGGGUGGAGAGGAUUGGGGAGGUGUUGGGGGAGGUGAUGAUGGGGGAGGAAGUGGGGGAGGAGGAGGAGAGUGUAGGGUGUCAGAGGUGUGGAGGGCGGUUGGAGGAGGUGAAGCAUCGCAACUGUGCCAACUCAGAUUGCAACGCCCUCAUUCUGUUCUGCUCCAAAUGCGCCCAAGCAAUGAAUGGCGCCUGCAGCACAGAGUGCGCCGCUGCCCCCCGCCUGCGCCCCUUCCUCGUCCGCCCGGAGCCCUACCAGCGCCUGCACACCUACCUGCCCUCCGCGGCUCCCCCUCGCCCCCCGGGCUACGUGUCCCGCCGCGCCCUGAAGCGGCGAGCUCGCAAGGCCAGACGCCUUGCUGCUGCAGAGGCGGGUGAGGGGCAGGGGGCAGGUGAGGGGAGGGAGGUGGAUCAAGAGACGGGUCGGGGGCGGGAGGUGGAUCAAGAGACGGUGCGUGUCUCGUCGCGCCCUCAAACGGCGGGCUCGCAAGCCCCCCCCCCACACCUGGCUGCUGCAGAAGGAGGUGAAGGGCAGGGGGGAUUGAAGGGAGGGAGAUGGCGCCCCUCCCCGUCCUCCCUUGCCCCCCGGGUACGUGUCCCCACGGGGUACGUGUCCCCACGGGGUACGUGUCCCCACGGGGUACGUGUCCCCCCGGGGUACGUGUCCCCCCGGGGUACGUGUCCCGCUGCACCCUCAAGCGGCGAGCUCGCAAGGCUUGACACCUCGCUGCGGCACAGGCGGGCGAGGGACAGGAGGUGGGUGGAAUGA